UGCCGCUGUUUGGAAACAACAAUUAGCAAAACAAAAUCGAACCCUCGCCCUCUGCUCGGCUUCUGUAUGCCAAGUUGUUUCCUUUACCGAAAUGGUGUUUCUUUGGACAAGUGCCGGGACUCAAAUACACGUUAAAAUAGUCCACAAAUCGGCCAGCGUGCUGCAGCUUUCCGUGGAAAAUGUGGAAGCCCAUCGGCAGCGGCAUACUCUGCUAGUGCUGGAGCUCGGAACACUUUUCUGCUUUGCAGUUUGUAUGUUUCUUUUCCGACUAAAUGUUCUCCACGCCCUGUUUGUUCUACCCAUCGGUACGCUUGUAUACCUGUACAACAACGUGAUAAAAUCCGAAAGUCUGGUGUUAGUCAAGGAUUUUGCACUGCAAUGUUCCACAACAUUUGCGAACGGGGCGGUACGCAACGCUCUCAUACCGAUGGAAUAUGUGCAAGAUAUCGUGAUCAACGAAGUUUUCUUUAACCUUAAAGUAAUAUUCGUGCUGCAAGUACUUACAAAGGGGCAUUUAUUUCGGAAGAAGCCUGUUAUAACGCUUCUGCAGCAACUAAAACCAGCCCUUCCAAGCCUGAAACUUAUUUACACCGAGCUUCAUUCCGUUCUCGAGCUGCAGAAUUGUUGACGAGCCGGUGACGACCAUUGCUGUUCCGUAGGGAGAGCUUGUGCAUUAUGUUUAGUAAAUUGUGCACCUCCUGAACGCCAGCUGCUGCAUCCGGGGCGGGAAAUAUUUGUUUCGGUAUCCGUUCUAUCUUCUUCAAUUCCUGGACAGGCUGUUUCGGCACACACACAUCGGUAUCAUUCUAUGUUUUAAGCAAGCAGGACCAAAGACAAACACAUUCAGGCACAACGAAAUAUGUGCAAUAAAGAUAACGCAUACUUACAA